GUCCAAAGUCUGGGGACGAUGCGGGGAGCGCAGUUUUUGGCGGGAGUUUUGUGUUAUGCCGUGGUUUUGGCGGGUGGACAGACACCUGUGCCGGCGGUUAGUCCAACACCACCCGUUGAGUCAUACGCAGCAGACUGCGGCGGAAACUACAGCGAACUCUCGGGUGAAAUCCUCUCCCCCAAUUGGCCACGGGACUACGGCAACAACGCCAGCUGUAACUAUGCCAUCACGGCGCCAAGCAGCCAUUUUCUGACCCUCAGCGUGAACGCCUUCUCGACAGCAGAUGAGGGAGACACGUUAACGAUCAUCGAUCCGGGCGCUGUGAUUGGCCGUUACAGCGGUCACAUGUUGGGUGCAGGUGAUGUCAUUAAUAGCACAGGCCAUCAGUUGUACUUGAGGUUCUCAUCGGAUUCCACUAAUGGCACCGGAGGAUUCAAUAUUACUUACAGAGCUCAGCCUAUCCCAGGUGACUGCCCAGACCCUGGAACCCCAGACUAUGCCAGUCGUGUAGGAGCUGCCCUGGUUCCAGGUUCUACAGUACAGUACACCUGUGAUGCUGGGUACACUCUGUAUGGGAACUCCUCACUCACAUGUCAGGCUGGGUCCUGGGAUUCUCCCAUACCUACAUGCAGAGCUGCGUGUGGAGGGAACAUCACCAAUGCCACCGCAGGUGUCAUCCUGUCACCUGGCUACCCCAGCUGGUAUGCAGCUAACCUGUCCUGCACCUGGACUCUGUCUGCACCUGAAGGCACCUCACUCCGACUCACCUUUACAAACUUCACACUGGAAGAUGGAAAUGACUUCCUCUAUGUAUAUGAUGCAGACAGACCAGAUGACCAGCCAGAGAGAACCCUGACUGGUAGUGAUGUCCCAGCUAGUUGGCUAAGCAGGACAAACAACGUCAUACUACGACUUGUCACCAACGCAGACUCAGGAAGAGAAGGCUUCUCACUGAUAUAUGAAAGUAUACCAGAAACUUUCUGUCGUAACCCCGGGCCCAUCCUCCAUGGGAACAGCACUGCCGCUGAAGCCCUCUACUCCGCGGGACAGUCUGUGACAUACCGCUGUGAGGCGGGGUACCAGUUGCUAGGCAACGCAACACUUACCUGUCAGCAGGGCAGUCAGAGGAGCUGGGAUGCAGCUCCACCUGUCUGCUAUGCUCCGUGUGGUGGAAACUUGACCGCUGCUAAUGCAACCAUUGCGUCUCCGACACCCGACCACGAAAACACUGGCAUAAGAGACUGUUACUGGCAGAUACAUGUGGACGACAGCUACAGGGUCCUCAUCACAUUCAACAGCUUUCAACUCAGAGAGAGUGAUGCAUACCUGGCCAUCUUUGAUGGUGGGGACCUUGCAGCAGCUCCCCUAGCAAACUUCAGCAGUACUGCACCUGCUGUGGCAGAUGUGUACAGUACAGGCAGCCAGGUUCUACUUCACUUCCACCAUGGGCCAACUGACAGCUAUGGCAACUUCAGUAUCACUUAUUUUGAAGCAAAGAAGAAACAUUGCCCAGACCCAGGGACAGUGGAGAACGGCCGAAGAUCGGGGGAUGACUUCAGCAUUCGCUCCUCUGUUAUCUACACUUGUAACGGGGGCUACCAACUGGAGGGCCGGAAAACUAUCAUCUGCAAGCCUGGGAACCCACCCACGUGGGACUACCCAACACCCAGAUGUGAGCUAGUAAAAGACUGUGAGGACCCAGGAACUCCGGAGAACGGCCAGCGUGACUCUGAUGACUUCAGCGUGGGUUCCUCUGUGUCGUACACGUGUCAGGACGGGUACAGGCUGGCCGGCGAGGCUACUCUGACCUGCACACGUAGCCCGGGAUCCAGGCCCAAGUGGGACCACCAGAUGCCAGCGUGUGAGGAGGUUCCUAUCCAGCUUUGCCACGACCCAGCGUUUCUCCACUAUGGGUCGUACGACCCUAAAACCCACCACUACCGCGUGGGUUCUGUUGUGACCUUCUCAUGCGACCCUGGCUAUGUCCUUAAGGGCAGUAAGAACCUGACAUGUCUCAUGGGUAACUCUCGAGUCAGCACACCGCGCUGGAGUAACGCCUACCCUACGUGUGAAAAAUCGCAGGUGAAGGCCAGUAGUGUGAGCUCCGGUAACAAUACUGCCCUGGGGGUUGGCCUGUUUGUGGUGCUAGCAUUACUGGGAGUCGGUGGUGUGGUGGCUUACAAAUGGAGACGCAAGAUCCUAGAACUGCUUCAGAAGAACAAGACCAGCAACGUCCCUCCCUCAUUUGACAAUCCCAUGUAUGAGGUGCCUGCUAAUAAUACUGAUGAUGGCCCAAGUGUAGAAGUGACUGCAGAAGCGUAGAGAAACAGAAAUGGAGAAGAUGCCUUCAUCGUGCAAAGAACGAUCAUGACAAUCAUGUGUAGAUCUGGGCUCUGACAUGCUGCUAACAUUUGAGUGUCAAUACUAGCCUAAUAUCUGAUACCAGUCUAGUCCAUGUUAUGUUAACUUUGCAUGACUUUCCAUGAAAAUUUACGGAUGGAAAAAAAACAAGUGGUGCAUGUAAUGUUCACAGCAAUUUGAGGCAGGCCUUCAAUGUAUACUAAAGGAGAAUUCUAUCAUUUUAACAAAAGAAUGUCUGGGAAAACAAACUGACAAAACAUGGAAAUAGCUUACUUCAAUUUUCCUUUAAAUGUUAAUGAUAUGGAAGGCUUUUUUCUCUAAAGCUGGUGUAUUUGAAAAAAGCUUUCCAAAACUUUUGAAAGAUUCCUGAAUUCAUAGUUUCCAAAAUUGCAAAAAUUUUGAAUUUUUGAAAUUAAAGCUGUCAGUUUUUAGACCGUCAUAGAAAAAAGGUACUGAUUUGAAAAUGUGAUGCUUGAUGUUGUUGAGCAUGAUGGCUAUGCAAAAAAAGGUGGCUGGAGCAUUUCUCAAUCCAAAAGUAAGUCUAGAAUUCUGUGCAAGAUUAUGUACUUCAGAACAUGCUUUUAUUAUUUGGACCUAAUCUAACUUUUAGUAAAAAAAUUACAUUUAGAAACUUUUAUAUUACAUUCUAUUAGUCUGAAACAAGUAUUGUACUACUGCAAUAGUAAACAAAAUGCAAAGAGAUUUUAGCAUUAUACAGAACUAAUGUGAAUUUUGUGCAAGUUUGUGACGGUGGCAAUAGGUGAUGGUAUAUAGUAUUUGUAUAUGUCGCUCUAUCUUUAAAGUUAGUGAUAAAGCUUUAUCAUCACACCCAUUUAUAUAUAUAGACACUAUAUACAUGCAAAACCUUGAUGUUUAUAUAUAUGAUGUUCACAAGAAGAGAGUAUAUUUUUAGUAUGUGGUCAAAGUAUUUAUUAUCUAUUAAAAGAGACUGAUGAACUGGAAAUGACUAAAAGUAACCCCAAAUUGGUAAAUGAAUAAAAAAGGCUAAAAGGGACCAAAGACCAUGUAUGAUAUCAAUUUGAAAGGACUAUCAUUAUGAUAAUAGUAAUUAUGUAUUGAUUUUAUGUUGUGUUUGAAAAAAUAUUGAAGCCAAAUGAUUAUGAAACUGUAAUUCAAAAUUUGUUUAAUGGUUGUUACAAAAUUAUUGAUAACAAAUAAUAACAUGAUGGUAUGAUAAGUUAUUACAGAGAUGGCAAGUAACUGUAUUGACCUGUUCAGUUGUUUUAUUAUUUGACUCAUAACCAUAAUUGUUAUAUAUGAUCGUGACUUUGAACUAUGAAAAGAAAACCAAGAGCCAGUAUAAUUUCAUGUACACGGAAACAUUAAAUUAGCACUGUUGGAAAUGUUGGUAUACUUAAGUAAUGGAUCAUGGUAUAUCAGAGCUCCUUGAAUAGACCGAUCCUAAAUGCAAGCUGACAACAUGAAAAUGCAAAUAUUUGACGGACAUGCAGCCAUUCUCUCAUUAGUCAAACCACUCAUUGCCAUUCUCUCAUUGGCUGAACUGCUAAUUGUUAUGGACAGAAAGGAUUGUUGAAAUGCCUAAAAUAGAUCGAUCCUAAAUGCAAACUGAUAACAUGAAAAUGCAAAUAGAUGUAUGGACAUGUAGCCUAAUUCUCUCAUUGGUCAAACCACUCAUUGCGAUUCUCUCAUUGGUUGAACUGCUAAUUUUUAAAAUGCCUAAAACCAUGGAGUUAAAAAAAGAGACUUUUUAAACCUGCCUUGCUAAAACAGACUAUGUGUCAUAACACAAUCACUCCCUAAUUAUUGAAAAAGAAGUUGGGGCCUUACAUGUAUAUGGCUUAACUCCAUAAUGUCAUGAAUGCUGCGAUCAUGGAUGCCUUACUUAACCCUCCCCAUGCAAGAGGUGCAUUUAACAACACCAACUUAAACGUACAAGUUAGCAGGACUUGGGUUAACUAAUUGUGUUUGCUACAUAUUAUACAUGUUGUAUAAUGAACCCCAUGGCCUAUCAUUGAUGCCUUAACCUCUCCAUGCCAGGAGCGGGUGCAUUUAACUAAGUUACAGCUUAGCAGACAAUGGUUAACUAAUUGCGUUUACAUAUAAGGAACAAUGUGGCAAAGUUGAAAGCUAAUGUAUUUGUACCGUUUUCGAAUGGCAUUAUGAAAGUACACUGUGUCUAUUAAAGUUGCCGUUGCACAUACAGAGUUGAUCUCUCUUUGUUGGUUAAUUUUGUGGGUGACAUCCUCUGGACCAAAAUCGACGUGAACUAGGUUCCUGAACUUCAUAGGCCAUUCUAGAGUUUGGUCCCAUCUCGUGAGCUGGUUCGGCGGCUCUCGGCAACUCAUGAGCUGGUUCGGCGGCUCUCGGCAACUCGUGAGCUGGUUCGGCGGGUCUCGGCAACUCGUGAGCUGGUUCGGCGGGUCUCGGCAACUCGUGAGUUGGUUCGACGGCUCUCGGCAACUCGUGAGUUGGUUCGGCGGAUCUCGGCAACUCGUGAGCUGGUUCGGCGGCUAUCGGCAAUUCGUAAGCUGCUUCGGCGGCUCUCGGCAGUUCGUGGGUUGGUUCGGCG